CGAAUUCCCACGCUCAUUCGCGCAACUCAUGGAUCUCGACGUAGGGAAGCACUGUGCUGUCUCAUCGUGCAACGUCCGCGAUUUGUUACCGAUCAGGUGCCAAAGCUGCUCUGCCUCGUUUUGCAGCGGUCAUAUUGGACUCGAUAAGCACGGGUGUACGGCCUCCGAACCAACUGAACCGUUGGAGAUUCCAGCCUCCUCAUGGAAGAAACGGGCUCAGUGUCAGGCGGAGGGUUGCUCGAAACCUGCACUCGCUUCAGCCUUCGGUGGAUCCCCAUCAAGCCAGGAAAUUCUUAACGACGGCUUGUGCCCUUUGUGUCAAGGCGAAUUUUGUGUGACACAUCGACAUGGGAAUGCCCACGAUUGCAAACAUUCCAUUGUUGGGCGGGUGGAAGAUAAGACUGUCAAAGCAAGAGCACUUCUCGCCCAAAAUUUCCCCUCAACUGUACAAAAGGUCCCAAUUGCAAUCAACUCCCCAUCAAGGGCUCCAACUGACCCCAAGAAACUCGAGAAAUAUCGAGCUCUAGAGCUCAUGAAGCUGAGACACAAAGCCAUUCCGGGUGAUUCUCGAAACGUGUCAGUUCCGAUCGAGCAACGUCUCCACGUGUCUGUCUCCGGAGGGGAUGGACCAAAGCACAACUUGUGGUUCAAGAAGGAUGUUGUGUCUGGUAAAGCGCUAGACCUUAUUGCGGCACGAAUGAAAAUGUCGUUCCCCCUCAAACUGGUAAAGCCUGGCAUAGACGAUGAAAGUGUGCAAUUAGAUCUAAGUCGCCCACUGAGUAGCCAGGUUGAUGAUGGUGGUGAAUUGUUAAUUUUGAAACCCUAAUUUUGGUGACGAGGUCACGCCGAAUGGCGCUGGAUGACGAGUAGGUAGAGGCUCGUGCCAGCCACCAAGCAGGCCACGCUACUCAGUACAAUCUCGUGUAUUCU